AUGCAGACCCAUCUCUACCUCCUCGUGCUGGCGGCGGGGUCUGCAGCUGUGCAGAUGAGCAGCGUGGCUGAGUUACUGACGUUGGUGCAGCAAAUGCGGGAGGCAGUGGCGAAGGACCUUCAGGUAAGCAAUCUGAGGAUCGAGACUCCAGACAACAUAGAUGAUGUGAAUUGUGUCAGCACAAUCUUUGAAGGAACGGAUCAGCUGAAAACUAAUCCAGCUAUGAAAAGGUUUGCUGUUUUCUUCCAAAAAUUUGAAAGAAUGAAGCAAUCAUUCAGACACAGCCUAGCAAAAGAGGGGGAAUGUGAUACAGAAAGAAAGCAAGCAACACUAUUCAUAGAAAAGCUGAUGACAUUCAUCCGAAAAGCAUCACGGCACGCGAGGGCGUAG